GGGGCCGCCUGCCACGGCCGGCCGCGGCCGCCACGGGUGGGGCAAGCUGGUCGCUCCCUCCUCCCUUGGGAGCUGUUGGACCUGUUGUCCCCCCCUCCACUUCCGGGCUGCUGGGGAGGGGGACCGAGCAGCCUGUCUCUCCUCCCUCUUCCCCAGCCACCUGUCUCGUAGGCAGACACUGCGGCGCCCAGAGCGCAGAGGAGCGCGCCGGAGCAGGCCCCGCCUCCUGGAGCAGAGCCGUCGGGUGCGCGCUCUGGCCUCGGGCCCCGCCCCUCGCCGCCAGGCCACGCCCCCGGAGCCUCGGGCCCCGCCCACUCCGCAGGAGCACCGAGCGGCCAUGGGGACGCCGAGCAGCCCCGAAAAGGGGACCCAGCCGCCGUCGGUCCCGGAAUGCGACGCGGAGGUCCGGCCCCAAGGGGCUGCCCAGUCCCGGGAGCACCCCGAGGACCCCCGCGAGCAGGAGGCGCCCGAGGCCCCGGCGGAGCGUCCGAGCGGCCGAGGAGCCGAGCAGCAGGCGGAGGAAGAGGAAGAAGUGGGAGAAGGCAGCAGCACGGAGAGCAGCCGCGACGCGGCGGAGGCUCCACCUCCCGUGCAGCUCCCGGCCACGCCCCCCUCAUCCUCCCAGUCUUGGGAAGGGGUGCGAGGGGCGGCGCGGCGGCUUCGAGCGCAGCAGCUGGAGGCACUGACUCGCGUGGCCCUGAUGGAGCAAAGAGUGAAGGAGCUACAGCGCCAGAGGAAGGAGCUGAGGAUCGAGAUGGAGGUGGAAGUGGCCCUGCUGCGGGGCGAGCUGGCUGGGGAGCGAGUGGCCGCUCGGCGGGAGGAGGACAAGCUCCGGGACCUGCUCGGGCAGCGGGUGGACACGGAGCAGGGCGCCCAGGAGCAGCGGGAACAGGAGCAGAGGCGGCUGAGCCAGGAGCGGGCUCGUGUGGAGGGUCUGCGCCGGAAACUCCAGGAGGCCCAGGGACAGCUCGAGUCACAGCCAGAGGACCAGCGGGAGCGGCUUAUGCAGGGGGUGCAUGAGAUGAGGGAGCAGCUGGACGUGGCCCAGCGUGCCUACGAGGACCUGGAGUUCCAGCAACUGGAGCGGGAGAGCCGGCGGGAGGAGGAGGACCGGGACAGCCCUGGGACCCGGGCGCUGGACCCCGAGGCCCGGGAACUUCAGGCCAGUGUGGCGCAGCACAGGCGCCGGAUCCAGGUCUUGGAGGAGCAGCUCAAGUCGCUGGGGGAGCAGAUGGCUGCUGAGAGCCGGGGGCUGAGCCGGAAGAAGGAGGAGGCCCUUCAGGCCCUGACGCAGGAACGGAGCCGACUGCUCGAGCUGAAUCACCUUCAGGGAAUCCCGGGCGGGGACUUCUCUGAGCCCAACCAGGCCCUCACUAAGCUCCUGUUCACCCAGAAGACAGACCGCCGGUUGCUGGUGCUCCAGGACCCCACCACCCACACUGCCACCGCCGCCUCUUCCUGCCUCCUCUCGGUUCACAGCUCCCUGCAGGGCUCCAUCGGCCUCCAGAGGACUGGAAGCCUGCCCCGGAAGAGGGGAGACAGGGCGAGCCAGAGGGGAUCCCCCCGACCUCUGUCCUUCCAUUGUACUGGACCCCUGGAGGCCUCGGCCCUCCCGCCAGCAGCCGCAGACUCCCGGAGACACCCCCUCUAUCAGCUGCUGAACUGCGGCCCCGGGAAUAGCUGUGGGGCCGUCCACCCAGACAUCGCCCGCAUGGAGCGGCUCCUGCAGCAGGCCAUGGCGGAGAGGGAGCGGCUGCUCAAGGCCAGGGAGGGGAUGAGAAAGAGCACAGAAGGUUCCUCAGGCCCUGCUAUACCUGCCAUCAUGGCCCCACCCACGACCCCACCCCACCCUCCAGGCCCCAAGGUCUUGGAUCUCCGGCAGCACUUGGAACGAUGGGGCCACAACCCGGAAAACUGCCCGCACGUGGGGGUGUCGGGGGGCUGCUGCCGCGGACCCCUUGUCAAGAUGGGCGGCCGCAUCAAGACCUGGAGGAAGCGCUGGUUCUGCUUUGACCGCCAGGCCCGCCGCCUGGCCUACUACGCAGACAAGGAAGAGACCAAGCUGAAAGGCGUCAUCUACUUCCAAGCCAUCGAGGAGGUCUAUUAUGACCACUUACGCUGCGCCUUCAAGAGCCCCAACCCUCGCCUGACGUUCUGCGUCAAAACCUACGAACGCCUUUUCUACAUGGUGGCGCCGAGCCCCGAGGCCAUGCGCAUCUGGAUGGACGUCAUCGUGACCGCAGCCGACGAGAACCACGCCCCCUGAGCGGCCCCGCCCCCUGGGGGGACGUCCCGGCGAGGCCCCGCCCCUUUGGAACUCGCCCGGGAAUUGUGCGGGCGCUGCGGCCGGGCUGGCCUGAGCCGCGGCGUUCAGGGCUGCAGGCGCCUUCCCGUGACGGGAAGCCAGCACCUGGGGCCGUGCCCUGGGCCGGGAGGAGGAUUGACGGGGCGGGAAGGAACUAUUUAUUGGUGCUCCUGUGAUACCGAAUUAAACAUGGAGGAAAAACA